ACAAGAGGUGGGCGCUAUCAGUCCCUCGCCGCACCAACAAUGGUCUUGUCUAUGCCUGCGUGACUCUGCAUCGAGAAAACCAUCCAUCCCACUUGACCCCAUUCCAAAGCCCACCUGACCGAGGAACGGCACAAGAGAGAGAGAGAGCUCCUCCCAAAACCUGUCUGUCGCUGCGGCUCUUCUUACUCAUUCUUUCCCCCCUCCUCCUUCACGUUCGUUAUUGUGAGCUUCAACAAUUCGCAUAUCGAAAACACACAAUGGCUUCCGUCGCAGUCACGGCCUUUGCCGCCUUAUCGUCCACUCCAAAAGUCGAAGAGGCCCUGUCGGGAAUCUUUGGCAGCAUCAGCUUGACCGCGUGGAUAUGUCUCCUCCUUCCCCAGCUCCUCACAAACUACAAGUCGCAAAGCGCUGAUGGCUUGUCCAUGGGCUUCCUGAUUAUCUGGUUGAUUGGCGACGUGACGAACCUCAUGGGCGCCCUCUUCACCCACCUCGCCCCGACAGCCGUCGCCCUCGCAAGCUACUUCUGCUUCGCCGACCUCGUCCUAAUCUCCCAAUGCGUCUACUACAACACCAAAAACGCCCGCCGCGCAUCCUCACGCCGCCGCUCCUCCGCGCCCGUCACAGCCACCGGCGCGAACCCGACCGAAGCACGCGAAGACGAGCCGCUGCUCUCCUCCAGCUCCGCACAGCGCCGCCGUAGCUCGUCCGCCGCCGGUCUCCCCGGUUCCCAGCGCCGUCACGGGCUCCACGAGGAGAGCUCGCUCGACCCCUUGCGCAAGAUGGUCACGGGCGAGGACGAUACGCCCGACAGCAACCCCUGGCUUCACAACACGCUGAGCAUCGUUGCGGUGUACCUCGUCGGCGCGGCGGGUUGGUUCCUCUCGUACAAGGCCGGCGCGUGGGACGCCCCCGACGCCCCGGGUGCCGGCUCUGAUGCCGGAUCCCCUGCGGCGGCGGAGGACGGCACCUGGGAGAAGAUUGGUCUGGCGCUGGGGUACUUCAGCGCGGUGUGCUACCUCUGCGCGCGCAUCCCGCAGAUUAUCAAGAAUUACAGGGAAAAGUCGUGCGAGGGGCUCGCGCUGCUGUUUUUCCUGCUGUCGCUUACGGGCAAUUUGACGUACGGUGGGAGUCUUGUGGCGUUUAAGCAGGACCGGGCGUAUCUCUUGAAUGCGCUGCCGUGGUUGCUGGGUUCGUUGGGGACUAUGGUGGAGGAUUUUGUGAUUUUUGGGCAGUUUCAUCUGUAUGCGCCUAGGAGCGGGGGGAAGAGGGAUGAUGAGGCGUAGGUGGUUGGUGUUGAUUGCGUGGUUACGGGGUGUCUUUUUGGCUCCGUGAUGGAGGGGAUGGCGAGUAUGGGGAUUGCAUGUUGACGGUGUGGACUGGACGCAUUUGAGAUGGUGGCUCUGGUGGGU